UUUGCUAGGAGGGUGAUGAGAAAGCGAGGAUGAGCUGGUGGAGGGACUAAACAGCGACCUCCUCCCCACCCCGCCGCCGUUGUAACUCCGGGUGUUCUCUGUGCCCCGAUGGUGCUGUUGGUAGUGUCGGGCACCGUACCAGCUUGGCGGCGUGUGGCACCGAUACAGGGAAACGGGGAGGAACUCUCUUAUUGAACACUCGCCUCUGUGUGACUCCACCACCAUUAGAAGAGGAAAUACUAGGAUUGCUUUAAUUAAGGUGUGAAAGACUCUGGUUUUUCUCAAGAGUGAUCCGAUGCAUCAGAAUGGCUACAGAAGUGAACAAUAUUCAGAGGAGUUACUCUAUCAUUCCCUGCUUCAUAUUUGUGGAGCUCGUCAUAAUGGCUGGGACUGUACUGCUCGCCUAUUACUUUGAGUGCACAGACACCUUCGAGGUGCAUAUCCAGGGGUUCUUCUGCCAGGAUGCUGACCUAAUGAAACCCUACCCAGGACCAGAAGAAGACAGCUUCAUCCCCCCAAUCGUCCUGUACUGUGUGCUGGCAGCAGUUCCUACCAUUGUUAUUUUCAUCGGUGAGAUUUCAAUGUAUUUUAUAAAAUCGACAAGAGAAAAUCUGCUCCGCCAGGAGAAGACCAUCGUAACAGGAGAAUGUUGUUAUUUGAGUCCUCUAUUCCGAAGAAUUAUAAGGUUUAUAGGUGUGUUUGCUUUUGGUCUGUUUGCCACGGAUAUUUUCGUAAACGCAGGCCAAGUCGUCACAGGGAGCCUAACACCUUACUUUAUAACCGUCUGCAAACCUAAUUACACAGGAACUGACUGUCGUUCCCGUUCACGCUUUCUAACCAAUGAACACAUCUGCACUGGCAACCCGGAGGUCAUUGCAAAUGCACGGAGAUCCUUUCCAUCAAAGGAUGCAUCUUUGAGCAUCUACUGUGCCUUGUAUGCAACGAUGUACAUCACCAGCACGAUAAAGACCAAAAGCAGCAGGUUAGCCAAACCUGUCUUGUGCUUGGGUGCUCUCUGCACUGCCUUCCUAACAGGACUGAACCGGGUGUCAGAAUAUCGCAAUCACUGCUCUGAUGUGAUUGCGGGUUUUGUACUGGGCAGCACAGUGGCUUUGUUUUUGGGUAUAUGUGUUGUUCACAACUUCAAAGGGACACAGACCACAUCUGUUAAGCAGAAACCCAAGGAUCCACAUGGAGUGCCAUUAAUGACAUUCCCUCGGGUGGAGAGUCCACUUGAAACAUUAAGCGCACAGCAAGGUGGCAGACAUCAGCAGCCCCCCCGAGAGGGGGUGUUUCGUCCCAGGGUCAUUUUCCAGGACCAGCCAGAUACCCAAGUCAACAGGAGGAUCCAGGACAUCAUGGACCGAUUGCAGGGAAUCCUCAAGGGUGAAGGUGAACAGCCGGAAGUGGUAGUGCAUGUCGGCACAAAUGACUUCGGGAAGAAGAGGAAGGACAUUCUGCAGCAGGACUUCAGAGAAAUCGGGAGAAGGCUGAAAAGCAGGACUUCCAGGAACCACUCUGCUUCAAUAACAGAAGUGACCUGAAGAGAAAUCUUUCUCUCCUUCUUUAAAACAAAUAAAAACACAAACUGGUACUUUUUUUUAUAAUGAGUGUUAAGCUGUGGAAAGUGCAACUCAAGAACAUGUCUAGUUAGUAUCAGGUGUUUUGUACAUUUUGUAUGACAAAGUGUUGUAGCAUACCUUGACCUUAUAGUCUGUUUCAGUACCUUUCUCUUAAAGCAUAUGAUGUAAACAUUUCUAAUUUCUUAUGUAAAUUCAAGUUGUGUUUUGUGGUCUUGGUACAAUAAAGUGCGUGGUCUGGUUUAUACACACUUUA